UGCAGCUCCGUAAGGAAUUCUCUUCUUCUACUGCUUCUUCUGAAUCCUCUGGGAUCAAGCCUGGUACUGCACAUCCCCGGAGCCAGACUGUAGAAUUGCAAUCAAAAUGGGAUUUUGGAAAGUAUUUCUCUCCUGUGUGCUUUGUGUCUACUCAGUCAGUGUCUCAGGUUCUCAGAAAACAGUCUGCACAGAGGCCAAUAUUGCAGAUAUCGUAUUCCUUGUGGAUGGAUCCUGGAGCAUCGGAACUGAAAACUUUAUCACAAUGAAAAACUUUUUGUAUACUUUGGUGAAUGGUUUUGAUGUUGGCCAAGAUAAGAUCCGUAUUGGCUUAAUUCAGUACAGUGAUACUGCACGUACAGAGUUCUUCCUAAACAGUUACAGCAGUAAAGAAGAUGUUUUGAAAUACAUUCAGAAUCUAAAGUAUAAAGGUGGUGGGACAAAGACUGGCUUAAGUCUGGAGUUCAUGCUGACACAGCACUUUAGUGAAGGUGCAGGCAGUAGAGCAGAGGAAGGUGUGCCUCAAAUAGCAGUUGUUAUAACUGAUGGGCAAGCUCAAGAUAACAUCAGAGAGCCUGCCAUUGCGGUGAAGAAUGCUGGAAUCAUAAUGUAUGCCAUCGGCAUUAAAGAUGCUGUUUUGUCUGAGCUUAAUGAAAUAGCCAGUGAUCCAGAUGACACAUAUGUUUUUAGCGUGGCAGACUUUAAUGCACUGCAGAGUAUUUCCCAGAACAUGAUCCAGGUGCUCUGCACAACAGUAGAAGAAGCAUCUCGACAGGCAGGUCAAAUUGCUCAAGUUUGCAGAAAUGCCAAUCAAGCUGACAUUGUGUUGCUAGUCGAAAGCUCAACAAGUAUGGGUGAAGCCACUUUUGAAAAAGCAAAGAACUUUCUUUAUGAUUUUGUUUCUAAUUUGGAUAUUGGAAAUAAUAAAAUUCGCAUCGGGCUUGUCAAGUACAGUGAAGAGACAAAUGUUGAAUUUCUCCUAAAUGACUACUCUUUGAAAACCGAAAUUUUUGAAAAUAUUCAGAAUAUGAAAUACGUAAGAGGUUAUCCCUUCACAGGGAGAGCCCUCGAGUUUGUUAAUACAACCUACUUUACUCAGGCAGCAGGCAGUAGAUUUGAAGAGAGCGUUGCUCAAAUACUUAUCAUUGUGACAGAAGGAGAGUCUGCCGAUACCAUCACAGAGCCCGCUAAAGAACUCAAAGCAAGAGGUAUAUCUGUUUACGUGGUUGGGACAAAUAUUAAGGAUGAUAGCCAACUUCAGGAAGCAUCAAGCAAGCCCAACAAAAAAUUCUUUUAUCAACUCGAUGAUUUUGAUGACUCUGAGAACGUGACUGAGCUACUUCUGAAAAAUCUGUGCUAUAGCAUAGAUCUGAAUAUUCAAGUAUAUUCAAAGCGCUACGCUGAUGUUGUAUUUGUAGUUGAUUCUUCUACAAGCAUGGGAACUAUCUUGUUUCAACAGAUAAAGGAUUUCAUUAUAAAUAUAAUAAACCAGUUAAAUGUUGGAAUAAAUAAACACCGUGUUGGACUGGCACAAUACAGUGGGGUACCCCAAACUGAAUUUCUACUCAACCGUUAUGAAACCAAAGAGGAGAUAUUAGAUUACAUUACGAAAACAUUCAUAUACAAAAGUGGUCCUUUAAAAACAGGACUUGCGUUAGAAUUUGUACGCUCAACAUUUUUCAUAGAAGAGGCUGGAAGUAGGAUUAACUAUGGCAACCCUCAGUUUGUAGUGGUCAUAACAUCAUCAAAAUCAGAAGAUGCUGUUAGAAGACAUGCAGAGGAGCUCAGAAGUAUUGGAGUAACUACUAUCUCUGUUGGUGUUCACAAUUCUGAUAGGAAAGAACUGGAGAAAAUUGCUACUGAUAAUUUUGUUUUCCAAACCACAGGCUUACAGGAUAUUUCAAGUUUUCAACAGGAUGUGACCAAUGUUAUUUUAGCAGAAAACAUGCUACAGUUUUCUCCAGCAUCAGUUGUACCAGCAGUUUGUUCCAGUGCUUCUCUAGCUGACAUUGUGUUUCUCAUUGAUGAAUCUAGCAACAUUGGCACCAUUAACUUUCAGCUGACCAGAGUCUUUCUACACAAGGUUGUAAGUGCAUUGGAUAUCUCCUUGAGUAAUAUUAGAAUGGGCUUAGUGCUUUACAGUGAUGAGCCAAGACUAGAAUUUAAACUGAACACUUUUAAUGAAAAAUAUGAAAUUUUGGACUACAUAACUAAGCUCCCAUACAGAGGAGGCCAAGCAUAUACAGGUGCUGCUCUGGACUUUUUACGGAAAAAAAUGUUCACCAAACAAAAUGGUGGCCGGGCACAUCAAGGAAUUCAGCAGAUAGCGGUCAUCAUGACUAACGGGCAGUCCAUGGAUAAUGUUACUAAACCUGCUGCAAAGCUGAGACGGUCUGGUGUGGAGGUUUUUGCUGUUGGCUUUCAGAAUAUCAAUGAUACAGAACUGGAGAUCAUAGCAUCUCACCCACCACGCAAACAUGUCACAAAUGUGGAAUCUUUCCUGCAGCUAACUAACCUUGAGUUCAGGUUACAGAAACGGCUUUGCAAUGAAAUUGUUAUGACAUCAUUUGCAGUACCUGCACUUGCACGUGCAGUGAAGGAAGGGUGUGUGGAUACAGAAGAAGCUGAUAUAUACUUUCUAAUUGAUGGUUCUGGCAGUAUAUAUCCAGAAGACUUUGAAGAUAUGAAAAAAUUUAUGAUUGAAUUAAUAAGUAUGUUUCAAGUUGGUGCCAACAGGGUACGCUUUGGAGUUGUCCAAUACUCAGAUGUUCGUAGAAUUGAAUUUACCAUCAGUGAACACAGAAACCAGAAAACAUUAAAGGACGCUAUUUCUCAAAUAUAUCAGUUGGGCGGCGGUACUGAAACAGGAGAAGCUCUGCGGUCAAUGAAGCAGCUUUUUGUUAAUGCAGCUAAAGAUCGUCCUCAUAAAGUACCCCAAUCGUUGGUCGUUAUUACAGAUGGCGAAUCUCAAGACCGGGUCACUGAAGCAGCUGCAGAAAUUAGAAAUGAUGGCAUUAAUAUAUAUGCAAUUGGCGUUAAAAAUGCAGUGGAAGAACAGAUUAGAGAUAUAGCAGGGUCAGAUGACAAGAUGUUUUUUGUUAACAACUUUGAUUCUCUCAAGGCGAUCAAGAAUGAUGUGGCUCGUGAAUUGUGUACACCUGAGGCAUGUAAGAACAUGAAAGCCGAUAUAAUUUUUUUGGUUGAUAGCUCUGGAAGCAUUAACAGUGAUGAUUAUGAAACGAUGAAAGAAUUCAUGGAGUCAAUGGUCAAGCAGGCAGAAAUCGGUCCUGAUAGAGUACAGAUUGGUUUAAUUCAGUUCAGCUCUGAAACAAAAGAAGAAUUUCCUCUCAACAGGUACAGAAGGAAGGAUGAAAUACAAUCAGCAAUAAGAGGCAUCCAGCAAUUGAGCCAGGGAACUCUUAUGGGAGAAGCCCUUAAAUAUGCAUUACCUUAUUUUAGUGCUUCCAAAGGAGGCCGUGUAAACACAAAACAGUACUUAAUUGUCAUAACAGAUGGCGAGGCCCAGGAUACUGUGGAAAAACCAGCCAAAGCAAUAAGGGACCAUGGAGUUAUCAUUUAUGCCAUAGGAGUACAACAAGCCAACAACACACAACUUCUGGAGAUUGCUGGCAAACAAGAACAGGUGUUUUAUGAAGAUAGCUUUGAUGCCCUGGCUUUUUUGAACAAGAACAUCAUGUUUGAGAUUUGCAAUCCUCAAGAGGCUUGCAAAAAGACUGAGGUGGCAGACAUCAUAUUUCUGUUGGAUGCUUCUGCAAGCAUUAGUAGAGGAGAGUUCAGACUCAUGCAGAGAUUUGUGGAGGCUGUUGUCAAUGACUCCUUGGUCGGAAAGAAAAAUGUUCAAUUUGGUGUGGUUGUUUAUGGAACAAAUCCAGCAGAACAGUUUUUGCUGAACACGUAUUCAACUAAAGCUGAUACUCUUAAGGCUGUAUUUAAUGUAUCCCAAGUAUCUGGCUACACAUACACUGCAAAAGCUCUGGAAUACACUCGUAUACGGUUUGGUUCAUCAUAUGGUGGAAGAUCAGGAAUUCCACAUAUUCUGAUUCUAAUCACUGACGGAGCCACCACUAAUGCUGAUCGACCUAACCUACCGAUAGUAUCAAAUGCUUUGAAGGAUGAUGGCAUCAUUGUCUUUGCAGUAGGAGUUGGCAAGGCAGUUCCUCAAGAGCUGCAGCAGAUUGCAGGACAACCAGACAGAUGGUUUUUAGUCCAGGAUUACAAAGGCCUGGAUGGUUUACAUGAUAAUAUAACAAAGGUUGUAUGCGAUGAAUCAAAACCAGCUUGCGCAAAUGAACAGCUUGAUCUUGUUUUCCUGAUUGACGGAUCAGCAAGUAUCACUUCUAGCAACUUCACAAGUGCCAAGACUUUCAUGAAAGAAAUCGUUGACAGCUUUACUAUCUCACAGAAUAGAGUGCGUAUUGGAGUUGCACAGUACAGUGCAAAUCCAAAGAAAGAAUUUUUCUUAAAUCAAUACUACUCCAGUGCUGACAUGAAAAAACAGAUCGAUAACAUUACCCAGCUGAAAGCUACAACUUACACUGGCAAAGGCCUACGAUUUGUCAAACAGUUCUUUGAUCCUGCAAAUGGCAGCCGUAAGAAUGCAGGUGUUCCCCAGUAUCUUAUAGUAAUGACCGAUGGCAUGUCUAAUGACAGUGUAGAGGAAGAUUCAGCUGCUCUGCGUAGCAGUGGAGUUAAGAUCUUCUCCCUUGGUAUUGGUCUGCGGAACAGUUUUGAGCUUGUUAUGAUUGCUGGAACACCCAAAAAUGUUUUUGAAGUGGAAACAUUUCAAGCUCUGGAUUCUAUCAAGAGGCAGAUUGUGGGACAAGUCUGUGAGCCAUCUGAUCAGCCUAUUAUAGGCAAAGAAUGCAGUUUAGAUAUCACCAUAUCAGUUGACCACUCAAGAAGAGCAACAUUAUCUACAGUCCCCCGUGUGCAGCAGAAAUUGCAGCAGUUCCUCCCUCCGGUGCUUCAACGCAUUUCCUCGCUUAGCAAUAUAAGCUGUGCCUCAGGAUCCCAGAUUAAUUUACGCUUCCGAUAUGCUGUUGCUGCGCAGGACAGGCUGGCGUUUGACUCUGAUUUUGAGAAGUACAACGAGGACGUCAUUAAGAAGUUUAUAACUGAACAGUCUGCUGUUGAUACCUAUUUAAAUGCAAGGUUUCUUCAGACCCUCUGGAAUAAAUAUAGAGGUUCACCAUCUCAGAAAGCAAAAAUUAUUCUGGUUUUCACUGAUGGACUGGAUGAAAGUUCUGAAGUACUCAAGAUAACCACUGAAUCUCUUCGGAAAGAAGGCUUGGAUGCACUGUUAUUCGUUGCUCUUGACGGUGUGCAGGAUUUUAAAGAGCUGCAAAACUUAGAGUUUGGAAGAGGAUUUUCCUACGGGCAACCUCUGAGCAUUGCCCUGCCUGAUCUGUCAAGUGUAAUGCUAAAAGAAAUCGAUACUGUUGCAGAACGGAAAUGCUGUAAUGUAGUAUGUAAAUGUUUAGGACAAGAUGGAGCUCUAGGUUUACCAGGGACUCUAGGAGUAAAGGGUCAGCCUGGUAUAAAGGGAUCUCAAGGUCAUCCUGGGGAAGAAGGUGGCCAUGGUGAACGAGGAUUCCGUGGGCUGAACGGGACCAGAGGUGAAAGUGGAUGUCCUGGUCGUAGGGGAUUAAAGGGUAGCAGAGGUAUACGUGGUGACAAGGGCGAUGAUGGAGAAUUUGGAAUUGAUGGUGUGCCUGGAGAACAGGGUGAACCUGGAAGGCACGGAGCACGAGGAGAAUGUGGAACCACUGGAGCUCAGGGCAGAAAAGGUCCUCGUGGGGAACCUGGAGAAAAAGGGGAAACUGGGCUGAGGGGAGAUCCAGGUGAGCCUGGAACUAACAGUAACAAUCAGGGACCUAAAGGAUUGAAAGGAAACUCAGGACGUCAGGGAGAGACGGGAAGAGAUGGUGUGCAAGGAAAGCGAGGCGAUAACGGACCUAAUGGUUCUCAAGGCCGAAGAGGGCCUCCUGGUUUAAAGGGAGCACGAGGAAUUCCUGGAGAGCCAGGGAACAGAGGCGAUAGUGGAAUCCAAGGCGUACAAGGUUCCCAAGGCAUGCCAGGAUCACCAGGUCCACAGGGACCACAGGGGUUGCCUGGACGUCAGGGAGAUGUAGGUGCCCCUGGUGCAUCAGGUUCCAUUGGUAAACCCGGAGCUCUAGGACCAAAGGGUGAACCUGGAACAAAGGGUGAGAAGGGUGAACCAAGCAGUCCAGGCCGCAGAGGUUUGCCAGGCUUAGAUGGUCCUGAUGGAUACGGUCCUCCAGGCUUAAAGGGAGAGAAGGGUCAUGUAGGAUUUCCUGGGGAUCCUGGGCCUCAGGGAGAAGAUGGCAAUCCUGGAACAUCUGGAAAUGCUGGCCCAAAUGGAAUCAGGGGAAGAAGGGGUAAUUCUGGCCCACCAGGAACUAAUGGACAAAGGGGAGAGAGGGGACCACGUGGCCCACCGGGUUCCAGAGGAUUGCCAGGAACUAUGCCAAUGACGCCUUGUGAACUUGUGGAGUUUACUCGAGAGAAUUGCCCUUGCUUUACAAGUGCUUCGAAAUGUCCAGUAUACCCAACUGAAAUAGUAUUUGCUCUCGAUGCAUCUCAGGAUGUUUCCCCAGCUGCUUUCCAAAGAAUGAAGGACACCAUUAUUUCCAUGAUAGAAAAGCUGGACAUUACUGAGAGCAAUUGCCCUAGAGGCGCCCGUGUUGCUGUUGUUGCCUACAACAGCAAUACCAAAUACCUCAUUCGUUUCUCUGACUACAAAAGGAAAAGCCUGCUCCUGGCAGCAAUUCGUGGCAUCUCUCCAGAAAGAUCGUCUUCAAGGAGGAAUAUUGGAGAAGCCAUGAAGUUUGCAGGGAGGAACAUAUUUAAGCGCAUUCGUCAUGGAAUCCAUAUUAGAAAAGUGGCAGUGUUCUUUGCUAAUGGUCCUUCUCCUGAUGCUGAUGCAAUAAACACGGCAGUGAUGGAAUACAGUGCUCUUGACAUUAUACCUAUUGUGAUUGCAUUUAAUAAAGUUCCCAAUGUCGUAGCAGCUUUUUCGGCAGAUGAAAGCAGAAGAUUCCAAGUGUAUUUAUGGAGCAGGCCUGAAGAUCAGAGACUAGAACUUAUUUCACAUUGCACUCUUUGUUAUGAUAAGUGUAAACCUGAUGAGGAAUGUGAGCUGGAUCAAAUGCCUGCAACCAUGAUAGACAUGGACAUAGCUUUUAUAUUAGACAGCUCACACAAUGUGCAAGCAGAAGUCUUUGAGGAAAUGAAAGAGUUUGUGAGCAGUAUGCUGGACACCAUCUACAUAGCAGCACGGCCCAGAGUUUCUGACACAGAGGCUAGAAUUGCUUUAGUACAACAGGCGAUUAAGGAAUUUGUUCCGAAUAGGAACAUUAGCCCUGUUAAAACUGAGUUUGACCUUCUUCGUUACAACAACGCAAAUAUGAUGAAGAGACACAUUAGACAAGCUGUUAGACAGCUGGACGGUCCAUCUGCAGUUGGCCAUUCUGUUCAAUGGGUCAUUGACAAUAUCUUCUUAAAAACCCCAAAGCUAAGAAAGCAUAAAGUACUUUUUCUCAUUCUUGCCAGCCCGACAAGCUAUUGGGACAGAGAAAAAUUGAAAGAAGUCUCCCAAAAAGCUAGAUGUCAAGGAUUAGCAAUAUUUGUUCUGGGUUUUGGAAAAACCAUAAGUGACCUGGAAAUGACACAGCUGCCCAGUUUACCACAAGACCAACAUUUGCUUCAUUUGAUAAGUGUGUCACGGCCAGAAUUGGCUUAUGCAAAGAAGAUGAGUCAUGCUUUCUUCAAUCUACUCGGCAGUGACUUUAAUCGCUACCCACCCGCAGCACUGCAAGCAGAGUGUCAAGGGCGUGGGGACUCGUCUUUCUCAGUGUUAGAAAGCUUGCCUGGCACAGAGUUGACAAAACUUGUUACAACAGAUGAGACAAUUGAAGUAGUGGAGAUUUUUGGUACACCUGCACCGGAAGAAAUUGUGGGGAAAAAAACAGAGAAAAUUAUCAUAAACAAAGUUGCAGACAUCUGCUUAUUGGAUGUGAACCAUGGCACAGCGUGCAGGGACUAUCAGCGCAUGUGGUUUUAUAUAAAAGCUAUUGAUGCAUGCUCCCAGUUCUGGUAUGGAGGUUGUGAUGGUAAUGGAAACAGAUUUAGCUCUGAAACUGAGUGUCUGCAAACUUGCUCUUCCAAAAGUAAAAAAGCUAAUGGGGAAGUGCGGAGCCUUAAGAAAGAUGUCUGCACAUUGAAACAAGAGGAAGGAGAAUGUGCAGAUUACAUCCUCAAGUGGUCCUACAACCAAGGCAAGAAAGCCUGUGUGCAGUUCUGGUACGGCGGCUGUGGAGGAAAUGGGAACCGAUUCGACACACAGGGGCAGUGUGAAGCCAUCUGCAUGUCAUGAGCCUGUGACCCAGAGAGGCGCCUGUUGUUAUGAACCAUGCUUACAUAGCGGAAAUCAAAGUGAAUCAACAUAAAUUAUUGAAGCAUAAAUGUGUCGUUUCAAUUGUUAAUUUGUCCAAUAAUCAGCCAGUAAUUUGCAAAAAGGUAUAAUUUAAGGUAAAGAGCUGUUUUAUUCUGUUAUUUUAUGCAAAUACUUCACAACAAUUGAAAAGGAAACAUUACACUUUUGUAUAACAUUGCCAUGGCCAUUUGGAUCCAACAUCUACACACAGGACACGCAUAAGACUUUCAAAAUUUUUCAGGCAGGUACGUUUUCCAGAUUACAAUAGUAGCUUCAUAACCUGUCGGCAUAGGAUUUGGUGGGAUUUCCUUGUAAAACAGGGUUUCAUAGCAUGUUCUCUAUGGGACCCAAACUGGUAGGGGUUAUCUAUGCAGCCCAGGAUCCAGUUCUAAAAUGCUUUUACAUGUAUGGGAUCAUUAUUCGGAAACCUAUUAUCAAGAAACCUCUGAAGUAUUGUAAGGCCAUCUCCCAUAGAGCCCAUUUUAAGCAAAAAAUUCUGUUUUUAAAAAAUGAUUUCUUUUUUCUCUGUAAUAAUAAAACAGUGCAUUGUACCUGAUCUUGACUAAGCUGCAUGAAUCCAUACUAGUGAAAAACAAUCAUAUUGGGUUUAUUUAAAGUUUAAAUGUUUUUAACAAAAAGACCCUUUAUCCAGAAAAGCCCAGGUCCCAAGCAUUCUGGAUAACAGAUCCCAUACCUGUCUGGUUAAGACGGACACAUUGUUGUAGUGAAGGAAGUCAUAGGGUCCUAAACAACAAUAAAAGCCAGUUCAAGGUAUUGAUCGAUAAGUUGAAAACCCUUGAUUUAUAAUGUGCAAAUUAACAUGGCUGAAAAGCACAAGUACCAAUGGUUUUCAGGCAUUUCCCAUUUAAGCCAAUGUCCAAGUGAUUUGAAGUGCUCUGUCACUGGAUAAAAAGUGCAACAUAUGCUAGUCAGAAUAAUUCUGUUUUUUAACCAGAUUCAAAGAGACAAGAUACACCUGUGUAAGUAACACAAUAUAUAAUAAGCCCUAGAAUAAAAGGCUUUAUGUAUGCAUUUUAACUGCAUAGAUUAAACAUAACUGAAACAUUUUAUUCAUGUUGUCCUUCCCAGUUACAUUGCUUGAAUUCCUCAGUCAGUAACACAGGCAGCAAUUAGGAGAAGGAAGCCAUUCAUUACAUAGAGCUCUUUAUCUUUAUUUAUACUAAUUUGAGGACAAGGUAGAUAACAAAGGCAACUGUCCAUUAUUGUACAGAAGACCCUAAGUGACACACUUGUAUGAGGCCCAAAAAAAGAGGGGUGACCAUUUUUAGCUAGUAGUGUUUGGUCAUUCCCAGAACUACCACAUUCCAGACUUUGCCCUCCAGUUGAGGAUGGUCAUAUCUGAUACAGGAACCCAAUAUGUACUGCCUGCCUUAAUAUUGUUAGUUUUUAAGGGGGCCCAUUAGUGCUAUAUGGACAAAUUACUAACUAUUCAGGCACUUCCUUAGAAACUUGCCCCAACAAAAGCCAAGAAGCAGAUGUUACAAGUAUAUUCUGGUGUAUUCAUUCGCCCACAAUACCCAAAAUAUUUCAUAUGUUUCUGUUUCAGACCAUUUUUUGUUACUGAGGAAUAUUAUAAAUAAUUAUAGUUUUUAAUGACAUACUGCCAGUGUUUUGCCACUGAAUUUCUCUAGUUUUAGAGUUGUGCUCAUAUACAUAGGUUAACUUGAUCAAAGUGGUGCUCAACAACUUUCUAUCAAAAUGUUUUUUGGACAUUGCAAAUUGUAAUGUUCUCUGUGAAAUAUAAACAGAUUUUGUAGUAUUGUAAUAAUGUCACUCUGAGUCUGAUGUGAAUAAACUAAAUUCAAUGGAA